UGGGAGAAGGAGCCUUGCUGUCCCCUUCGGCAAAGACGCCAUAAAAGCGAGAAGGAAGAGAGACGAAAUUGCAGAACAGAAGGUGAAGGGAAAAGAAUUCACGUCCAUCCGAUCCUUGUUCACUUCCCGGGGGGUUUCGAUUCGCAUCCGUUCAUCGAUCGAUCGGUCUCCACGUGGAAGGAUCGAUCUUCUAAAGUUUGUGAAGGAGAAGGGAGAAGCAAGCAUCUAGGGCUAGGGCUCUUUCUUUCCCAUUCGAAGAUCAUUUAGGGUCAUAUUGUUCUUGCUGAGCGCUCGGACAGAGGGAGAUGGAUUGGGGGAACGUCACUACAGAGGAUCUCCUAGACGCACUGAGGGAGGUUGAUUGGUCGUCGCCGCCGAGGCCGCUCACCGAAUUCUUCUCGAGAUUCACCGUGCCCAGAUCCUAUGACAAAUGGAACAGCCGCCUCAAGUGCAAUCUCUACUACUACCGGACUAACUACUUCAUUAUGAUAACAUUUAUUCUUGGCAUGGGAUUUCUUAGGAAACCGAUUGGUCUAAUCGCUGCUGUUUUGGCUGGUUUAGCCAUUGCCUUCUUGAAUGAUAGUUUUGCAGUUAGUUUUAAUGAGAAGGUGACUAGAACAGUGCGACAGUUCUCUCCUCAUUUGGCUGCAAAGAUGAGACCACCAAUCACACCUGUUAUUCGUGGACGUCCAUCUGCAAGGAGAGGAAUACAUAUUUGUGGUCGACCUCGUUGGGUGUUUGUUUUGGCUCUAUCAAUUGGAAGUGCUAUCCUUUGGUUUGUUUCUUGUGCUAUUAUCACUGUCCUCGUGGCAUUUCUUAUAGGCCUUCUAGCUACUUUUCUUCAUGCAAGCUUCAGAACACCUAACUUGAAGGCUCGUUUGAAUACAUUCCGUGAAGAGUUCAGGGCAGUGUGGAGGAAUUACAGCGAGUUGUAACGUGAAUGAGCAUCAAUGCUUAUACAUCAAUAAUUUCUGCGUCAUGACGUUGUCGCAUGUCGAACCUUCAAUAGUGUGCAGUGCUUCUGCUAUGGUCGCAAUGAACCGCUACGGAAGGUGGUGAAAGCCAGGGCUCUGUACAGAGAUGGGUUGCAAAGUCAUGGCCAUGUUUUAGUGGAAUUCUUUCUCCAAGAUCACCUGGAUUAACAAGCAGCAUGAUACAGCAUGGUCGUAGUUUUUAAAAUUUGGCAAUCAUUAACCAACACGAAUGCUUAUUUUUAAGUAACAAUAUCGUGAUCCUGCCGGUGGAUGGUGUCCAAGUGCCACGAGAAGGGAUCUUGGAUGGCAUGUAGCUGUUGUGAUGUAUGUCUGUUGUGAUGUAUGUAUGUUUGGCUUUUGCAUUCA